AACGGCCCGAUGGCGCCUGCGCGGGUGCAAGGAGGAUGCGGCGCGCCCAUUGGCGGAGGAGCGCCAAGACGACAUCGGGAGGCGCCGGAACCUCCGCGCGGGACGGGCGCUGGUAUCGCGUCAUAGGGACGCGCGGCCGAGGAGCGUAACUGCCGCGCUGCGGAGGAGACGCCGCCAGAGAGGUGAGGCGAGGAGGGAAGGGGAGAUUGACAGUUGCUCUUCCCCGGCCCCGCAAGACCCUCUCGCGGACGCAGGAGACUGCCGUUAGCGCUGAGAGCAGCAGCACGAGGAGGAGGAGGAGGAGCAGGGUUAGACGCUCAGGUAUGGAGUCGAAGUCAAUCCGCUCCUUGCGGCGAGAUCUGGCAUGAGGCGCCCACGGGGGACGGUUCCCUUUGGUCGCUGGAGCCCUUAACUUGACGGGCUGGAAGUAGUGGGUGGGGAGCGUUAGAAAUGAUGAUGAUACUAAUAAUAAUAAUAGUAAUAAUAAUUUAUUGCUGUGUUACCUUACAGUGUUUUAAUGUUGUAUUUUAAUCUUGUUUUUAAAUUGUAUUCAUUCAACUUGUUUUUAUUAUUGCUUGUUAGCCCCCCUGAGCCCGGCCUUAGCUGGGGAGGGCAGGGUAUAAAUAAAAUUUAUUAUUAUUAUUACCUCGGGUUACAGACGCUUCAGGUUACAGACUCUGCUAAUCCAGAACUAGUACCUCGGGUUAAGAACUUUGCUUCAGGAUGAGAACGGAAAUCGCAUGGUGGCAGCAGGAGGCCCCAUUAGCUAAAGUGGUACCUCAGGUUAAGAACAGUUUCAGGUUAAGAAUGGACCUCCAGAACAAAUUAAGUACUUAACCCAAGGUACCCACUGUAUUUCUACCCGGCCCAUCUGGCUGGGUUUCCCCAGUCACUCUGGGCUGCUUUCAACAGAACAUUAAAAACAGAAUAAAACUUCAGACAUUAAAAACAGGGAAUGAUGAUGAUGAUGAUUUAUUUUGUCUUCCAUAAACACGGUUUUAGCAGUGAGUCCAUAAUUGACUGUGGAGGCCAAUUCUGGAUCCACACGUCCUUCCACAGUGGGGACAUUGGUUUCUGGAUGGGGGUUGAUCAUGGUGAGGGUUUGCCAAGCGUGCCUUCCUCUUAGCAUGUUUCUCCCUUUCGUCCUGAGUUCCAGCGUCUUCAAAGCCCAUGACACCUUUGGUAAAGGCUGUUCUCCAAUUGGAACGCUCACAGGCCAGUGUUUCCCAGUUGUCGGUCUUUAUACUACUUUUUUUUUAGAUUUGCCUUCAGAGAGUCUUUAAACCUCUUUCGUUGACCACCAGCAUUAAUCUUACCAUUUUUAAGUUUGGAAUAGAGUAGUCACUUUGGAAGACGUUAAUCAGGCAUCCGAACAACAUGACCAGUCCAACAAAGUUGAUGUUGAAGAAUCAUUGAUUCGACACUGGUGGUCUUUGGUGGGCAGUGUUAGAAACUUAUAUGAUGAUGUUGGUGAUUUAUUAUGUAUAUGCUGCCCAUCUGACUGGAUCCCAACGCAGCAUUAAAAACACAAUAAAACAUCAGCCAUUGAAAACUUUCCUAAGGGCUGCCUUCAGGGCUGCCUUCUAAAAGUCAAAUAUUUGUUUAUCUGUCUGACAUCUGACGGGAGGGCAUUCCACAGAGUGGGUUCUGCUACCGAGAAGGCCGUUCAGAUGCAUAAGCUAAUCGCCAAAUAGCACCUUAAACCGUUUAUGGUUGCCACAGCAGUAUGCCUAGGCACCUUUUCCACUCCCACUAGAGUGUAGUAGUAGUAGUAGUGGUAGUAGUAGUAUCCAUUUCUAGACCACUUUAUAUUUUAAAGGGGAAAUCUCAAAGUGGUUGGCAUCACAUUGAAACCUCAAAUAAAACAAUCCAGAAUAAAACAAAUACAAGCUUUGAGGAAAAUAUUUCAGUUGCUUCUCUAAGGGGCAUUUAGAUCCCCCCCAUAUUUACUGUGGGGUUAUCUUUGUAACCAAGGUGGCAUUUGCAGAGCUUCUGAAACAGUUUGCCUUUGCUUCAACACCCCACCCCACCCCUCUUGUGCUCUUGGGUUGCUUCGCCCACCGAGAUCUCCAGCCUCCACAGAUCAGCAUCAGCCCUGGAGCCAACGAGACAGCUCUUUUUCUCUGUUUCCUCACAGGAGCACAGCCAUCAUCAUGAGCCAGUUCAACUUUGGCACACCUGGCACUCCUGGGGGAGGCUUCAGCUUCGGGACUCCGAAAACCGCAGCCAGCACAGCCCCCGCGGGGUUCUCCUUCUCUUCAGCCACCACAGGGGGAGGCUUCAGUUUUGGGACAGCUGCUCAAAACCCAGCAAGCACCCAGCCUGCAGGCCUGUUCUCUUUCGCUCCCCCAGCGACAUCGGCACAGACCUCUGGAUUCAGCUUCGGCACACCUAUCACGUCGGCACCAGCUGCUGCUGGAAAUGUGUUCACACUGGGGUAAGGUUGGCACAAUCCCAUGUGGGUGGGAGGCUUGUUGAGCCCUAAGGAUCAGACGUUCGGCUUCUGAAAACCCAGAACACUUACUUCCGGGUUUUUGGCAUUUGAGAACCACGGUACCAUUGUGUUGUACAAUCUAUAGCCUUAGGUGGGGGAGCUGGUGCCCAGGGUGGUUCCCAGCAAUGUCACCUUAAACCUAGGUUACAGCCACCACAAUGGUGUGUCUAGGCACCAUUCCUUCCCAUUGGAGAUUUUAUUAUUAUUAUUAUUAUUAUUAUUAUUAUUAUUAUUAUUAUUAUAUAAAGCAGUAUAGAAAUUAUAUUAUUAUUAUUAUCAAUAAUAAUAAUUUAAUUUCUAUACUGCUUUAUAUUUUAAAGCAAACAAUCUCAAAGCGGUUGACAGUACAUUAACAUAAAAUAAAACAAUGCAGAAUAAAACAAAUGCAAACUUCCAGGAAAAUAUGUCAGAUCCUUCUCUAAGGGACAUUUGGCUUUCCCCAUAUUUAUUGACCUCCUUAAUUUAUAGAGCUGCCCCGUAGCAGAAGAACUCCAGGAAACCAGAGUGGUGUAGUGGUUAGUUGGACCAGAACCUGGGAGAUCAUGGUUCAAAUCCCCACUCAUACAGGAAGCCUUGGAGUCAUUCACAGCCGCUUAACCUACCUCACCAGGUCAUUGUAGGGAUUAACUGAGGAGGGGGCUGAACCAUGUACAUUCAUACCUUGGUUGUCGAACGCCUUGUGACUCGAAUGUUUUGACUCCUGAACUCUGCAAACCCAGGAGUGAGUGUUCUGGUUUGCAAACGUUCUUUGGAACCCGAACGUCCAACGCUGCUUCCGCGUCUUGGUUUUUGAACGUUUUCGGAAGUCGAACAGACUUCUGGAACGGAUUCCAUUUGAGAACCAAGAUAUGACUCUACUCCUUGCAGGAAAAGGUGGGAAAUAAAUGCAAUGAAUAAGUUAUUCUGCUUACUUCCUUCCAAAAACUGGAGGGGCCAGCCAGAUGGAAAUGGUCUCAAUUGGACCCGCGCCAGUCGCAAAAUGCACCUGGUGCCUGGCUAAUUCCUAACGCCGGUUGCCAGUCUCCUUGGGCUCAGCUGGAAUGUUAAAAAUCCUGUGGUAAAUGGGCAAACAACCUACCCUGAGACUUUAGUCAGAAAUGAAAUGAAUGAAAUGAUGCAGAAGUAGCAGCAAAAAAAUGGCACAAGAGAACUUGGGAUGCUUUGAAUAUUUGCCAAAAAUCCACCCUGGACCCUUUUGCUCUUUUUUAUUUAUUUAGGGGAAAUGCCCCCAAGCUGAACUUGAGCAGCACCAACACAACACAAUCGGCUGGCAUUACGGGGGCGCUUGGGCUUGGCAGCGGCGGACUGGGCACAUCCACACCCAGUAGCGCCCCUGCCAGCCAGCCAGUGGCUCCUUCCGGCUUUGUGUUUGGCUCCAACACCGCUACCCAGCCUGCCACAACCGGAGGCUUCAGCUUUGGAGGCGUGGGAGCAACGCAGGCUGCGGCCCCCAGCUUCAGCCUUGGCUCCAUAGGGAAUACGACGCAGCAAGCAGCACCCGCCUCCACUGGCUUGGCGUUCGGAGUUCCUGCAUCCGUGGCCGGCCCUACUACAACCACAGUAUCCACAGCGCAGCCAGCUGUGGCGUUUGGCCUUGGGGCGCAGACAACAGGUGAGACGCCAAGCCCUGUGCAAAAGCACUUCUGGCAAGGCAGAGUUUCUUUGUAGACAAGUUGCCUUGCAAGCCUUGUGAGGACAGAUGCCCUCCAUAUGUAAAGUUGGGUAACUGUAUAUAGGUGAAGGGCUGAGUCCCUUUGCGGCGAGGUAAUGCAGCUGUGUCCAAAGAUGCCAUUCUACUCAAGCACAGACUGGAGAAGGAAUUUAAGGUGAUAACUGCUUCUCUUAACCAUUCUCUGUUCCAGCUCCAGUUUCAGGCUUUGGGCUGCUGACAUCAACACCUGCCACCUCUGCCUCCACAGGAACACUCGGUCAGGGGCCAGCCUUGUCCUUUGGAGCGAAACUUGGAGGUAGGCAAUUGUGCCUCGGGAAGGGGGAAAUUGGGCCGUUCUUGCUAAGAAGUGAAGUGAGAUAGGGCAGGUCAGUUGUGCUGGUGUCCCUCCUUGCUUUGCUGGCCUUCUAAAUUAACUCUGAAAUACCUUGGCACAGUUGGGCCUUUCUCCUCACUCUCUGUUUCAAGCUCCAGACCUUCCCCUCCGAAUCCUGCCUGUUCCCGUUUGUGCUUAUACACACACACACUCCGGCCAAGCUGAUCUGCCACAGCCGCCUUUUGGUUCUUUUCCUCCCCGUGUUCUGCUUCUGCUCUUGGACACGCUCUGCCCGCCAAGCUGCUGCUGCUGCUGUCAUCUCACCACUGCCUCUUCCCUGAACAACCACCGCCCAUUCUUUUUCUUCAGUUGCUGUUUAACUUCUCCUCCCGCAUCGCCACAGCUCCUUCACCAAGUUUUGCCAUAGCCUUGUGCCUUUGCAUAGUGUGCCUGGGAGUAGAUGGUUCUCCUCUUUGUACAGCACCUAGCACACAGGGACUGGCAUAGCAGCAGUGGUGGCGGCAGCUGCUUCCCCUACUUGGCCAUAACAGGGGGGCAGGGGCUGUGAGAACUUCCAGUUGCCUUCGACUUCUUGGAAAACUGCUCCGCCACCAGGCCGACUCUGUGUCUUCCUUGGCCUUGUGGACGGGUGCAUAGAAUCAUAGAACUUCAGAGCUGAAAGCGACCCUGAGGGUCAUCAAGUCCAGCCCCUUGCAAUGCAGGGAUCUUUUGCCCAACGUGGGGCUUGAACCCCCAACCCUGAGAUUAAGAGUCUCAUGCUCUUACCAGCUAAGUAUCUUCCGUGAGGAAAGUGUGUUCUCCUCCUCCUGGUUGUAACUGAACCCCAGAAUGCAUCUCUUCCCCGAAGCAGGUACAGCGGCAACUUCCACUGCGCCUUCUACCACAGCUGUGAACUCCAUCCUCGGGAUGUCCGGGCCAACGUUGUUUGCAUCCAUUGCAAGCUCUUCCGCGCCAGCCUCGUCUGCUACUGGCCUCUCACGUAAGCUACUGGGGCCCUGCCUCCCUUCUUGAUGGGAAAGUGGAAAGAGUGGGGCUUGGGCAGCCUUGGCUCUGCCCACUGCCUGAUGAUGGUGCAAAACAGACCACUUCUCUCUCCCCCUCAGUCCAGGAUAUUUUGUACUUCACCAGGUUUUGCCUAAAGGUCUGUUGCACCAAACCACUUAACUGCCGGGGCUGUUCUUUUGAGCAGGAGGCAGCCUUGCCAAGCCGCACUCAGGAGCUCUUGUUUUCUUCCUUCUGUAGUUGGUGUCACCUCAACGGGGACGGCACCUGCUGGGACUUUAGGGUUUGGCGCAAAAGCCCCUGGGACAACAGCAACAGCACCCACGGCCACAGCGACUGCAGUGGGAGGAGCCCCCGCAGCAACCAGUAAGGCUCAUAAGAGAAAAUAGGAGGGAGGGAAGGCAAGGAUACACACAACUGCCACUGACUUUUGCUCUUUGGGUAGAAUAUCAUAUAAUCACAGAGUUGGGAGGGACGAUGCGGGUCAUCUAGUCCAACCCCCUGCAAUGCAGGAAUUUUUUGCCCAAUGUGAGUCUCAAACCCAUGACCCUGAGAUCGAGAGUCUCCUGCUCUACCGACUGAGCUAUCAGGUAGAAUGUUGCAGGCACCGUGGAGUUCUUGCUUGCUGUCGUUAUAUUAUUUGAAGGGCUCUGCAGCGUUCGCAAUUCGUGAAGCACGUAAAGCUGUUUACGUUGCUAUGAUCAGCUUUACGAAAUAGAGCAAUUCAGCAUCGAAACAGGGAUUUAAAAAACAAACGUAUUUUAACCCACGCUAGAAACUUGGUGAAAUGAAAUGGUCUUUCCUGAAGCUUGGAAGAAGGAGCCGAUGGAAUCUUUCUAGGCAAGGAGUUGCAUGGUUCCAAGGUGCCACAUUAGGAAGGACCCUGCCCCACAUCCCAGUUAGCCGUGCUCCUGGAAGGGGGUGUUGUGUAUAGCAGAGCCACCAAGGUUGAAAGCUGCGGGUAGGCAAGAUUACGUUGGAGACAGAGCUGGCAACUUCAGAUAUACUGGUUCUAUACCAUUUAGGACUUUGCAGGUCAAAGCCAGCAGUACCAGGAAACUAGGGAGGAUGCUGUAGUUGAAGUGGAACUGUGUGUGUGUGAUGGAUUGUCCACAAAGCAGACUCCAGAAGUCUGUCUGGCUCGCAUCUUUUUGUACUAGGUCCUGCCUGGGCCACUGAUGGUUCUGGAGUUCGUGCAGCAUUGAGUAACACAGCACUGUCUGCACGUGAACUGGAGGGUCAAUCGCUCUUCUUCCUCCUGCUGCCAAAGCUGGAGACUCUGAAGAAAAGGGAUUCCUGAGCAGGGCAAGUGGGUGGUAUUUUCACCCCAGCCCCAAAUUCUCCAUAUCAGAAAUGCUCCUUCAUCUGCUGAUACCUCCUCUCUUGGCAUCGCGAAAAUGAUUGCUAACGAGGUGGAGUGGAUAUUUUUCUUUUAAUUAGUUGUUAUUAACUAUUUUGUGUGUGUGUUGUGAAACAAACAGAUGAACAGGGAAAGGUACAUCUAUCAUCAGUUCACAGAGUCUUUUUAACAGUUAGUGAGAGACACUUGUCAUAGACAUCAUUCGGUUGGGGGAAAAGAGGCAGAUUGAGAGGGAGAGCAGGGAUCUAUUGCCUACUGUUAGUGUAGGGGGUUGUGUCUAUAUCACAUGGGAAGGUCCUUUGUUUAUAUAUUUGUUUGUCUUUAUUGAUAAUGCAAGAGGGGUCCCGAGCUCCGUUGGUUGCAUUCAGUGACAAGUGGGCACUAUUGAGAUCAGCUAUAGGAGAGGUUGUGGUUUUUCACUUGGCCACGGAGCAUGCUGGGCAGGCAGCCUUGGCAGCCUCCUCUUCCCAUCCCUGGCUCUUCCAUCGCAGCUGAGGUCAGGCCCAGGAGUCUCCCAUCCUGGGACCAGCUCCAAGCGAGGACUCUGUUGCCCUGCAUCCCUGUUGACUUCCUGAUGUGGUUUGACCCAACAUUUGUUUUCUCUGCAGGUAUCGCCUCCACCCCAAGUACGGGAUUCAUGCUGAACCUGAAGCCUCUAUCCACCACUGCUACAGUGGCCUCCACGUCCACUGCGGGCACCACAACAGUCACGUAAGUUCCCUGCGUGUUCCACCCCAUCGUUCAUCCUGGGCACUGAGGUCCAGCUCCAAGGGCCUUCUAGCGGUCCCCUCCCUGCGAGAAAUGAGGUUACAGGGAACCAAGCAGAGGGCCUUUUCGGUAGUGGCACCCUCCCUGUGGAACACCCUUCAGAUGUCAAGGAGAUAAAGAACUACACAACCUUUUAAAAAAAACUCACAACAUUUUUAUUGAUUUUACAAAUACAAAGCACAAAUAAACACAAACUGGCAAAGAUAUAUCUGUAUAGAGUCUCUGAAUCUCGGGACUUCCCUCCAUGGAGUCUCAUUUUAAGAACCUGCACCUGCAUAUUCAUAAGUACUCCAAUUAUUAUAUCAGACUAUAUUAUCCAUAGUAUUUUUACACUACAAAUGAAUCAAAAUCUUGCUCUUGUUUCCAUCUGCUUACAGUGGUCUCCUAAAUAGCUUAUAAAAAAUUCCCUUUCUUUUGUAAAGUUUUUGUGCUUCUGGUUUCUGAGUUUUCUAGUCAGCUUUGCCAUCUCAGAAUAGUCCAUCAGCUUGAUUUGUCAUUCUUCUCUGGUGGGGACUUUUAUCUUUAACUCAGAGUUGGGAAGAACUACACAACUUUUAGAAGGCAUUGAAAGGAAGUUUAUAAUGUUUGUAAUUUUAAUAAGUAUAUAAUCAGGAAGUUUAUAACGUUUGAUGUUUUAUUAAGCUUUUAUACAUACUUGAAGCUGCCCGGAGUGGCUGGGGAAACCCAGACAGAUGCGUAGAGUAUAAAUGUUGCUGCUGCUGCUGCUGCUGAUGAUGAUGAUUGCCAUAUGCUAGGCAAGCCAUGAGUUUGGGGGGUGUAGAAUGGAGUCCCUCCACAGAGGCAAGGAAUAGCAGUUUGCUGGAUGCAGGUCUCCCUCCUUGAGCCCCGCGUGGGGGUGGAGCUGUGGGCUGGCUCAGCUCUUUCGCCACCCAGCACACUCCUCCUGUCUUUGCAGGGCUCCCCCGUCGAUGACCUACGCCCAGCUGGAGAGCCUGGUUAACAAGUGGAGCUUGGAGCUGGAGGACCAGGAGAAGCACUUCCUCCAGCAGGCCACCCAAGUCAACGCCUGGGACAGGAAACUGAUCGAAAACGGGGAGAAGGUAGGGACCCAUUCUGCUGGCAAGAUUCUUUUUAGGGAGCUGUGCUGCCUAGGUCAGAGGGGGAGUGCCCAUGCAGGGGCUGGCUGUAACUAACCGUCCUCUUUCUACACAAUUUUAACCUUAACAGUACAGUGGUACCUUGGUUCUUGAACAGCUUGGUUCCUGAACAAAUUGGCUCCUGAAUGCUGCAAACCCAGAAGUGAGUGUUCCGGUUUGUGAACAUUUUUCGGAAGCCAAACAUCCAACACUGCUUUCAGUCGAGGGCAGGAAGCUCCUGCAGCCAAUUGGAAGCCGUGCCUUGGUUUUCGAACGCUUUUGGGAGUCGAACAGAUUAAGUUUGAGAACCAAGGUACCACUGUAUAGCAAAAAAAAAAUGCAGCUUCUGUAUAUUUAUGUAUUUUAUAAAAAAAUGAUACACUGCUCAAUUUGGGGGGGGGGCCACUCAAAGUGGUUUACAAAUAAAGAAUAGAACAGUAACAUUAUUAAUAUUAUUUAUUUAUUUUAGUUUAAGUACCACCCUUCGUCGAAAGAUCACAGGGCAACAUUAAAAACACAUUACAGAACAUCAGUGAUUGAAACAUAAUAAAGAGCAUAUGUCUGAGUCAAAACAAGUAUUUAAAACAUUGAAAUAGCCAUUAAAAUAAGCAGUCAACUGAAAACAGAUCAAAACACUUGUCAACAUUCUGCAAGCUUCGGUGGGCUUGCCUAAGUGAAACUGUUUUUUAGCAAGGGCCGAAAACAGUUCUGUGGCACUUAUAAUGGUUCCAGUUCUGCCGAUGGAAGCAGUUGAGUGGGCACAUGGAGGGCAAGUUGAUCUCAUAGGUCCUAAGUUGUUCAGCGUUCCUAUCAGUGAACAGUGUUAGUUAAUAGUGUUAAUGUUAGUUUAUAAACUCUGAACUUGGCCUGGUAGCAGAUCAGCAUCCAGAGCAGACCUCUGACCCCAGGUGUUACUUUCUGCCAAGGUCUCGUUCCUGUCAGCAAUCGUGCUGCAGCAUCCUUCACUAACUGCAGCUUCCGUAUCCAUCGUGAAGGAAGCCCCACAGAAAGCGUGUUGCACUAACUCCUUUUUGCUCAUUGUGUUCUUCAGCCAGUUCUUUUCUAGUGUUCCCGAAGCCCUGAUUUCCCACUGUACCUCGAAAAAGAUUGGGGCUUUUAUUGUCACUUGUAGAUUCCCGUCCCACUUUGUAAACCCUGUCUCUGCCUUACAGAUCACAUCUCUGCACCGAGAAGUGGAAAAAGUGAAACUGGAUCAGAAAAGGUAGAGGGAAAAGGGGCUGCAUAGCAUGUUAUUGGUGGGAGGUUGAGUACUGUGAAGGAAUCCUUGAGAUGCUUGUGAAUGGCAGGGGACGUUGCAAGGGGCAAAGGUCUUGGAAACAGCCCCCCUCAGUCCCACAGUCAUAAUUUAUACCCCACCCUUCUGACUGGGUUUCCCCAGCCACUCUGGCCAGCUUCCAAUAAAUAAUUAUAAAACCACAGUAAAUCAACACACGUUAAAAACUUCCCUGUACAGGGCUGCCUUCAGAUGUCUUCUAAAAGUCAUGUAGUUGUUUAUUUCCUUGACAUCUGAAGGGAGGGCGUUCCACAGGACGGGAGCCACUACUGAGAAAGCCCUCUGCCUGGUUCCCUGUAACUUCGCUUCUCGCGAUGAAGGAGCUGCAGAAGGCGGUUCAAGUGCCAAGAAAGGAGAUUCCAGCUCAACAUCAGGAAGAACUUUCUGACAGUUAGAGCUGUUCAGCAGUGGAACUGACUCCCUUGGGAGGUGGAUGGCCAUCUGUCACGGAUGCUUGAGUUGAGAUUCCUGCAUUGCGGGGGGUUGGUCUGGAUGACCCUCAGGGUCCCUUCCAACUCUGCAAUUCUAUAAUACAGUGGUACCUCAGGUUACAGACACUUCAGGUUACAGACCCCACUAACCCAGAAAUAGUACCUUGGGUUAAGAACUUUGCUUCAGGAUGAGAACAGAAAUCACGCAGCGGCGGUAGCGGGAGGCCCCAUUAGCUAAAGUGGUGCUUCAGGUUAAGAACAGUUUCAGGUUAAGUACGGACCUCCAGAACGAAUUAAGUUCUUAACCUGAGGUACCACUGUGCUGAUUUAGAUGGUGAAGCUGUCUUGGGCAGUGAGCCCUUCCUCAGAAGCGCUUCCUCUCCACACCUCCUUUCAGCGCCAGCUAAUAGAGAUGUCGGCGUCUUCCUCGUUUUCUGUAGUACAGGGGUGGGGUGCAGGAUCUAGCCCAUGUGCCAGAUCCUGACCUCCCUCCUCCCACCUAUCAAAUCACAUUACAAUUAUGCCAGGUGACCCAAAGUAACCAUUUUCUUCCCUGUGUGUGCUGGUACCUGAAGACGAGGCCCUUUGGCGUCCUCAGGUUGACUUCAGCCAAAAGUGCAAAUAUAUUUUUGGCUAAUCUGCCUGAAUUCUACCUGAGUGCCUCUCCCGGACAGUGCUGCCACGUGUUGCCUGCUUAUCUAGCCUCCCUCCCUCCCCUUUUUCCUUCUAUAGGUUGGACCAAGAACUAGAUUUCAUUUUGUCCCAGCAAAAGGAGCUGGAGGACUUGCUGAUGCCCCUGGAAGAGUCCGUAAAGGAGCAGAGUGGGACCGUCUACUUACAACAUGCAGAUGAGGAACGGGAGAAGACGUAAGACAAUGCCAGGGAUGGCAGUGAUGGAGCCCCAGUUAUGUGGGCUGUGGGUGGUCCCCAAGUAGACAAGUUUAAAAAUAAAAAGCAAAAGUUUGGAGGUCAGCUGUGGAGAUCAGCCUAUCUUGAGCCAUUCUAAAGGGGGAAAUUUGCUUUCUGGAUAAUUCUGAGCAUGUUGACUCGGCCUGGGAGGUGGGUGCUGUCCCGCAAUUCCUGCAGAGUCCACUUUUAAGCCAGAAGACCAAGCUGUCUCCUAAGGGUGCUUCUGCUCAGUCCCUAACAUUCACAGGUCUAAUUGAAAGUAAUAAUAAUAAUAAAUUUUUAUUUAUACCCUGCCCUUCCCGGUUCAAAAACUGUGCUCAGGGUGGCUAACAACAAAUUUAAAACUCUUAAUUGGUGCAACAAAGAACAGCAUAAAAUACAGUAUAAAACGUGAAGAACAAUCAAUUCAGAAUUCAAAAUCAAUUUAAGGGGGAAAUCCAUCCAAUAAGCAUUAGAUGAUCACCAGGGCUAGCUGGCUAAAUUAGUUCUAUUUGGGCCAGCAAGGAGACCAGGGGAGAAUUAGCUGUCGGAUCCCAGAACAGGUAAUCUUCAUAAAAAGGGGUGGGGGAGGGAAGGAAGGGGAAUAAAAUAUGAGGCUAAGUUCAAGUUGAAAGCCAGGCGGAAUAGCUCUGUCUUACAGGCGCUGAAGAAGGAAGUUAAAUCUUGCAGGGCCCUGGUCUCAAGGGACAGAGCAUUCCACCAGGUUGGAGCCAUCACUGAGAAGGCCCUGGCCCUGGUGGAGGAUAAUCUAACUUUCUUAAGGCCCGGGACCUCUAAACUGUGAUUAUUCAUGGACCUUAAGGUCCUCAGCGGCGCAGACCAGGAGAAGCGGUCCCGUAAAGAAGAUUAGAGACCACUGGGAAACCCAGCAGCUCCCCUUGAUCAUCACAGCUUUGCACACGCCUGCCAGUUCCAUGGGAGAGGUUUAAGGGUCCCUCAUGGCAGCCGAAGAGCCUUUAGGAUUCCCCCCCCCCCAAGUGUUUGGCCUUGGCUUGGCAGGCUCCCUGGGGCGAGAGAAGGAGGGAGAUCGAUACCUGUGACAACAUGUUUUCCUGUGCUGCAGGUACAAACUGGCAGAGAACAUUGAUGCCCAGCUGAAGCGCAUGGCCCAAGAUCUGAAAGAUAUUAUUGAGCACCUGAACACCUCUGGAGGCCCUGCUGACACCAGUGACCCGGUGAGUACAAACUGGACGAGAUGCAUGGGAGGAGGAGAGGAGAGGGCCAAGAGCCUCUCUAAGGAUGCUCCUUCCUGGUUUAUGAGGACCGCUCUGUCCUGCUCUUCCCCCUCCAGGCAGCUGUCUGCCGCUGUGGCCUUGUUCAGCAGUGCUUUUCAGCACAGCCAGGCUUCAGGAGCAGGAAGCACCAUUCUUCAAGGCUGGCCUGCUUUGCUUUCACCUGCCUCAUAGAAUUGUAGACUAGGAAGGGACCCUGAUCUAAUCCAGCCCCCUGCAAGGCAAGAACCUCAACUGAAGCAUCCAAGGAAGGAAAGUUCACCACCUUCCAUCCCACAGUCAAAACAGCUAUCACAAUCAGAAAAUUAUUCCUGAUGUUGAAUUGGAAUCUCCUAUUGCAACUUGAAGCCAUUGUUUCAGGUCUUACCCACUGGAGAAAACAAGAUUGCUCCAUCUUCUGUGUGACAGCCCUUGAGAUAUUUGAAGAUGGCUCUCCUAUCUCCUCUCAGUCUCCUCUUUUCCAGGCUAGACAUACCCAGCUCCUUCAACCGUUGCUCAUAAGGUUUAGUUUCCAGACCCUUGAUCAUCUUGGUUGCCCUCCUCUGCACACCUUCCAGCUUGUCAAUGUCCUUCAUAAAUUGUGGUGCCCAGAACUGGACACAGUAUUCCAGGUGUGGUCUGACCAAGGUAGAAUAGAGCGGGACUAUGGCUUCCCUUGAUCUGGACACCAGACUUCUGUUGAUGCAGCCUAGAAUACAAUUACCAUAGCUUGUUUUGUUUUGUUUUGGCUGCUGCUGCUGCAUCACAUUUUCAGACCACACCUAAGAUCUGUUCAACAGUGCAACAAUUCUUUUGGGAGGUUGUGGACUCUCCUUCCUUGGAGAUUUUUAAACAAGUUGGAUGCCCAUCUGUCACGGAUGCUCUAGGUCAGAUUCCUGCAUUCCAGGUGGUUAGAAUAGAUGACCCUCGGGGUCCCUCCCAAUUCUAUGAUUUCAAGGAAGGAGUCAUAUCUGCCUUGAGCAGAUCGCACCACCAGCCUUGAUGUGCCUCAGCAAGACGGGGGGGGGGGGGGGAGGCGGGUUAGUACACUUGGACACCAAGACAUCAUCUGUGUGAAUUUGCCUUCCUCUUCCACCCACAUUUGUGCCGCGCAGGACCAGCACAGCCAUCUCUGCAGGCCCAGGCAGGGCUCUGUGCUCUCCCACUGACAGCUGGGCCACUCAGAGCAGGAAAAGGACUGCUGCCAACCUGCCAUCUUGGGGCCAGAGUACAUUGCUACCUGCCUGGGCUGGGCAAAGGCCUCCUUUUUAAAUCAUGGCAGUUACGCUCGGUUUCCCUUCCGAUGGUGCCGUUCCUGGCUCAACUUUUCCUGCAGAACAUUAACAUCCUUCAGUCUUGAAAAAUGACUGCCGGUGUGAGUGCUGAUCUCGUGGUCUUUGCAAGGGCUUCGAGAGAUCCAGACCAGGGUCGGCAACUACUCAUGACAUUCUCUAAUCUCUUCCAGCUUCAGCAGAUCUGCAAGAUUCUGAAUGCGCACAUGGACUCCCUCCAGUGGAUUGAUCAGAAUUCAGGUAUUUGGCACUUUUCCUUUCUAGGGAGUCGUAGGGUCCUUCCUUCAGUUUUAAGAUGAGCUGCUUUGAGGCAGGUUGACUAGGGAGAGAAUUAUUAUUAUUAUUAUUAUUAUUAUUAUUAUUUAUAUCCCACCCUCCCCAGCCGAAGCCGGGCUCAGAGCGGCUAACAACAGUAAAAGUAACACCGUUUACAUAAAAUCACAAUCUAUUAAUUGAAAUACAUUCUAAAAUCAAUUCAUAAUCAAAUUAAUGGCAACCAUUGGGCUAAAGUGAAGCAUCAAGGUGAGAAACGAGCAAUCCUUGUCCUAGAAUCAUAGAGUUCAAAGAGACCCUGAGGAUCAUCUAGUGGAGCCCCCUGCAAGACAGGGAAAUAGGCAGCUGUCCCAUAUGGGGAUCAACCCCUGCCACCUUGAUGUUAUUAGCACCAUGCUCAAACCUACUGAGCUAUCUGCUUGGCACAUGUUGAGAUCCUCUGCAGCAAACAUGGCAACCGCUGGGGGGAAAAUCACAGCCUCAUAUUUGGGGGGGAAGGAUCCAUUUUGUGGGUCUCCAGACUGCGAAAUCCAUCUCCUGCUCAGGUUUUACUAGCUGUCUGUUGGAUGUUGUGUUGUUUAUUUGUUUAAUUUGCACACCGCCCUUCAUCCAAAGAUCACAGGGCAGGCCACCGCAUAAAAACACAAGAAAGAAAACACAAAAUGCAUAAAGCAAACCAAAGCAAGUCAAACCAAUAGCCCCCUUCCCACAAGGCAAGGAAGGAGGGUCAGCACAACAAGGACAGCCCCAGGAGUAUAGGUCCAUCUAGUUUAGUGUCGUCAACACUGACUGGCAGCAGUGGUUCUCCAGGAUUUCAGGAAGAGGUCCCUCCCAGCCCCACGUGGAGACGCUGCAAUUAGGGGCUGAACCCCAAGACAGGUGCUCUGCACGAGUGAGCCUAGCCCACGCUAUUCCAGUGAAUUUGCCUGUGGGAGAAAAUGCAAUUUGCCGUGGAGCUGCAGCCUGGUGCAGCUUGAGAUUCCUAGUCCAGACUGAGCUGGUGGGGGUGGCUGCAGCCCUAUUAGAAACACACCCCACUCAGCCCCAUUGUGCUUCCAGCCAGGGAGGGGGAGGAAGCGCCUGCUGUGCCACAGGCGGACAGAGCCUGCUCUGCCAGGGGUUUCUCUCCAGGGGUGCGCGCUGGGAUGCUCAGCCCUCUGACAUUCUCCUUGUUGUCAUUCCGCCCUCAGCCCUGCUGCAAAGGAAAGUAGAAGAAGUGACCAAGGUUUGCGAAAGCCGCCGCAAGGAACAGGAGCGCAGCUUCCGGAUUACGUUUGACUGACUGCCUCGUCAUGGGGGGCGAGGGGGAUGCACGCACGAUGCCCAAAUGUUUUGUUACUAGUUGAGUUUUGUGUUUGACAAUAAAGGCCUUUUCUGUGCAGAA